AUGCGCCGCGUGCCCAUUGCCGCUUUACUGCGGCUACUAUUUAUCGCAGGCGGCGCUAACUUCGUCAACCCUUACGCAAACGACGAUCGCGUUGAUCUCAGUCAAGUAUGGGUGGAUAUACCGAGCACACUUGUAGCCUUGGGAGGGGAUGUACACGUCAACGUACGAGGAGCUCUCGGUGCUGGCAGCUUAAAAGUACGCCUCGCCCGAGAAGACGACGAUGGUAGAGCGUUAUUAGCAACGAUGCCUUUAGCUUUAGAUGCAGAAAGCCGAAUGACUCUUCCAUGUGGAUAUUUCUCAAGAGGAGGCAUUUACUAUUUGGAAAUAAUUGCCGACAAAGAACAUUUCUUAUCUGAAGAUUACGAUACAAACAAUACGGAUAGAUUUAAUGAAGUAGACUCCAAUAAAGUAAAAAGAGAAAUUGAUGGAAGGAUGAUGGAGACAGGAGAUAGUUUGAUCAAAUCUUGGAAAUUUGACGUGCUUUGGCCAACUGCGAAUUUGGACGUGACGCCUGAACAAAUUCAAACGUAUCCAGAAAGGCAGGUGACGGCAAUAUUGGAAUUUCCGAAGGUGGUGUGCACGCCGCUGGAGUCGAGUGCCGAUUUCUGGUUGGAGUUACUAUACUGCGGUCAUUCAAGCGGAGGCGCUGUCUUAUGCGAUGGCAAGAAUACUAGCUCCCACGCCCAUGUCCUAUAUUCUGAACAGAUGCACGGCUUCCCUGGUCGUCGUACCAUGACGCUUCGCUGCGAACUUUUUGGUCAAGCUGGUGACUACGCAUUGACCUUGAGGCCGGCUGCUGCAGCUGGACCUCAAGAUCUUGCUUCUGCUUUUAUAAAGGCGGACUGGUCAGAGCAAUUCGUGCUAAACGUCCACGGAGGUUCGGUGUUUCCGUGUGGCGACGGGGUACGAGUUCUCUUCCAGUACCCUGAGUGCGUACUGGAGAGGGCCGAUAGAGUCAGAGUGUUUGGGAGGGACUCUGAUCGGCUGCGUUAUGUGGCCGAGAGACGUGUAAGAAGGGGCCAGCACACCGCCUCGUUCGACUGCCGGCUGUUCAGCGAGAGGUACCCGGAGUACUGCUUCGUGUAUGUCUCUCAAGCUGUCACUGGCGCGGUGGCCGAUGUCAGGAUGGACUGUCUGCCUACUCUGCCAUUAUCAGAUGGCGGAGCUGGUGGGUGGGGGGAAUGGUCAGCGUGGUCAGCAUGCCCGGCGCCCGCACACUGCUCCACGCGCACGAGGAGCCGUCACCGCUUCUGCGACUCUCCACCACCAGCGUAUGGUGCCAAGUAUUGUGAGGGUCAAGCUGUGGAGCUUGCAGCUUGUGAAUGCACUGCCCGACCCUGGGCCGGUGACUCUUCAGUGGUGGUUGCAGAAGUGGGGGCGAGAUGUCGAUGCGGCUGCGUAUUGCACCUAGCACCCACUGCAAGACUGUUAGCUGGUUCUGCGAGGGCUUGCCCCGCUAGAUCUUUCUGGUUACUUCAGGCUGAGGAAGGGUUAGUAGUUAGACUGCGUUUCGAGACAGUCCGGCUGCCUUGUGCCGGUCAAGCGCUCCGAGCCAGAGACGGAGACUCCUUAGGAUCGCCGCUUCUCGCUUCUUGGGACGGACCUGAUAGUACUGCUUCGACAGGUGACGUGGAAACUACAACCGACGGUACGGGUGUGGUGGAAAUAGCUGGCGGUCGGCACAUACUUGUGGAGCUAAAGUCGGCGGACACCAGCGAACGCUGCACUGGCGGCUUCUUGGCUCACGCCUACCAAAUUGAGCCGAUCCGCAACGCGUCAGCCGCGUGGGCAUCAGUAGGGGGCGGGGCGUGGUGGCGCGGUGGCGGGGGAGCUCGUGCCGCAGCCGGGGCGCUGGCGGCGCUUGCAGCGCUCGCAGCGCUGGCCCUCGCGCUGCAUUCAGCACACCGCACCAGAGCGUACCAGCGAGCCGCCGACAAGGAGUCGCUUACUGAUAGCGAUGCGUGCUCGGCGUCGCUGGAGCUGGGCGUGACGGCGGCAGCGUCGCGCAGCACGUUGCUGUCGGACGUGGUUGGCAGCGUGGCGCUGCGCCGCCUGCUGCCCACCACACGCCACUCCAGGCUACGGGAACCGGACCCCACCACGCACAGGGAUGAAGAAGACCAGGGUACGGACGUAGAAAUCGAACAAGGGGACAACAUAAGCGUUGCGAGCGCCGAAAGCGUCGCCAGCCAAGCUACCAUCACUCCAGAAACUGUGUCGUCGAGUAGCGCUCCAGCUGGCACUAAGAACAUCACACCAUCUCCGCUGCGGCGGUCACACACCGUCUCCACCUCACAUGUUAGCUCUUCUCAGGCAACGUCACCACCUCAACCAUCAGUAAGUAAGGCGGAGACAGUUGAGAUGAACACUAGCAACACUAGCGUGAGUGAGAGAGGAGAUAGUAUGGGGGAAAAGGACAGAGAUAGUGCAUGGGAGAAGGACAGAAGCGAAAGUAGAGCUUCGUCUUCAACUUCGGCUGCAACGCUAACUAACGGUUGGUACUCCCCCGCUUUGAGCGGUGUGUCAUCAGCCAGAAUUCGAGACAACCCUAAAUAUACUAAAGAAACUUGCAAUCGUAAACUAUUGAAGUCAGACCUUAGUCUCACUUCCCACCCCGAAAUGGAGAUAGAUUAUUAUGACUACGAAGUUAAUAACGCAGGUUCUGUUCCUGGUUCGUAUUUAGGAAUGGAUCCAGCUUUUUUAGUCUGGAUACCCCCCAUUGAGGAUGGUGAUAUUAUAAAAGAAAUCGAUGAAAACAAAUCGCUUACAUAUGAGGAGGUUAUCCCAAAGGAGCUGCGUCCAGAUCCAGGCAGCAACACCGAGUCACCUGAAGACCAGCCACCAUCAAGUACUUUGAAAAGAAAUGCAGACAAUCGCACAAACAGAUCCAACGAGUCCAUAAAAUCUAUGAGGAAAGUCAUGGACAGAGGGAAUAUUAUACAUCCGCUUAACUUCAGUAUUAGUGACUUGCAACACUCGCCAAAAGUGACAAAGAAAAACAAAAGGAAAAAGGAAGAGAAUCCCGUGUCAAUACCGAUGAAAGACCUGACACUUAACUUGUCACCAGUUAGAGUGCAUAGGAGAGAGACCAAAAACGAUUACGAUAAUUCGUCCACGCUGAAACGAGUGAAUGACACGCCCAGAGAAACUAAAGAUGAUACUCUAAAAAGAACGGAUGCCAUUGAUUUGAGAUUCGCCGAUGAAAAUUCCGACUCAUCUAAUGACAUAAAAUUCGCAGAUGAUUCACCUGAUAGCAAUAGGCUAGCUGAUAGGUAUGAAGUUAUAGCAUAA